AUGAUGUUCUUUCGUCGACAUGUUCAAAAAGCUAUACCAGCAAAUAAUAGUACAGCUUCUUCAUCAUCUAUUCCAAUAACUCUUCAUACAAAUAAUAAUAUAGCUGAAGAUGAACAUGAAUCAGCCGAGAAUGAAUUAUCCACAACACCAACUGCUAUAUCACCGCUUGAAAAGACGGUAUAUUUUUCUAAUGAAAUAGAUUCACCUUCAUUAACAACAUCUACAACAGAACAUCUAUCUGUAAAACAUCCUGGUCUUUUACGUUUAUUUGAUUCAACUGUAUGUACUGUAUCUAUGAUUAUAUCAUAUCUAUUCAGUUCAAAAGAACCAAUUGUACAACAAUUUCUUGGUAAAAAAUUAUUUGAUUUACCUUAUGAAGAACUGGAUUUUUAUUUACCACAAUUGAUUAAUAUGUAUAUUCAUAUACAAUCAAUUUCAAAUGUUAUCCAUGAUUAUAUAACUUCAAGAUGUUGUCAAAGUGUUGAGUUUUCCCUACAGUGUGCAUGGUUACUUGAUGCAUACAUUGCUGAUCAAAUGAAAGUAGCGAAACCGAAUGCGGCUGUUCGACUUUUAUUUGAUAUUUUAUAUGAAAAAUAUAAACCAAAAAUCUCAUACAUACCAACAACAAUCAAUAAUUUGGGCAAUAAUCAUCAUAGAUUAGAUGAAGAAGAAAAUGAGAAUGUUAAUAAUCAAGAUGAUGAUAUGAAAUCAGAACGUGCAUUAAGUCAAGAUAAUCUCAUGUUACAAAUAAAUAGAAAAAAAGGACAUCAAAAAUCAAGAAGUGAUGUUUCAGAACGUUCAUUACCCAUUAUAAAUGGUGAAACAAGUAAACAAUAUCGUCGUCAAGCAAGACUUUGUUUAGGUGAUCUAAACUCAGGUCGUGCUUUUGAUAAUAAUUGUAUAUGUUUCGAAAGUGUUAAUGGUUUCCGACGACGAGAAUGUACAUGCAAUGCACCUAAAUUAGCUCCAGUACGAGAAUUUAUGACAGCAUUGAUUAAUAUCGGAAAGAAACUACCACAUGUACCAACAAAAGAAAAGAAAACACAAAAUUUAAUCGGUGAAAUGAAACGAAUGAAUAUGAAUUUACCAGCUCGAAUUUGGAUCCCAUUUUAUAAAUUUCCACAUCAUGUUGUUCGAAUUGCAUAUACAGAGUCAACUGUAUUAAAUUCUCGAGAUCGCGCACCGUAUAUUGUUUAUAUCGAAGUGGUUCUCUGUGACAAUGUAUUUGCAUCUCCGUUACCAAUCAAACAACAUGAGUCAAAGCUACGUUCAACACGUUCAGAAGAAAAUCUUACACAUCAUAUUAAUAAUCAUCAAAUACCAUCGAAUGGUGUAGCCAUCGGUGGUUAUCUCAAUUGUGAAACUCAAAGUCUCGAUUCAGAAUUAAUUGAUUCAUAUCGAUCAUUUGUCAAUAGUGAAGAUGCAGAUAUAUGGUCAACUAGUGAUGAUGUUACUAGUGAUGAUCAACAGCAACAGCAACAACAGCAACAACAACUACAACAACAGCAGCAACAGUCAGUAGCUAGACGUAAUGGUUUAAUAGGGUAUCGAUCUAAUCAUACAAUGAAUAUUAAUCCUGAAACUCUAUCAAUACGUUCAACCGAAAGUCAUUUAAGUCAACAAGAAAUUAUGCCAUCAGAUAUUCGAAAACGAUUAACAGAAGUAAAAACAACUGGACCUAUUUUAUUUGAACGUGAUCCUGAUGAUCCAUCAGCAGCAGCAUUAAAAGAACCAUGGGAUAAAAAAGAACAACGAAUUCGUCAAUCAUCACCAUAUGGUCAUUUAAGAAAUUGGAGACUGGUUGCAGCCAUUGUUAAAUGUGGUGAUGAUCUUCGUCAUGAAUUACUUGCUUAUCAAUUUAUGGUUCGAUUAAAAGAAAUUUGGUUACAUGAACAUGUACCGGUGUUUGUACGUCCAAUUACUAUUCUUGUUUUAUCAAAUAAUAGUGGUUUAAUUGAGCCAAUUUUAAAUGCCGUAUCACUUCAUCAAAUAAAGAAAAAUUCAAAAUUAUCAUUGAGAAAUUAUUUCUUACGUGAAUUUGGUACAGAAAGAAGUGAACAAUAUUUAACAGCCGUCAAAAAUUUUGUACAAAGUAAUGCUGCUUAUUCAAUUAUUUGUUAUUUAUUGCAAGUUAAAGAUCGACAUAAUGGAAAUAUUUUAUUAGAUGAUGAAGGUCAUGUUAUUCAUAUUGAUUUUGGUUAUAUGUUAUCUGCAACACCUAAAAAUCUUGGUUUCGAAAGUUCACCAUUUAAAAUAACACAAGAAUUUGUUGAUAUUAUGGGUGGAUUGCAAAGUGAUAUGUAUGGUUAUUAUAAAAUACUUAUUCUUCAAGGUUUAUUAGCAGCUAGAAAACAUAUGGAUAAAUUAAUGCCGAUUGUAGAGAUAAUGCAGCAUGGUUCACAAUUGAAUUGUUUUUCCAAAGGAAAUGUCACAUUAGGUUUACGUGAACGAUUUCAUCUAAAUAUGACAGAUGAACAAUUAGAAUUUAAUGUAGAAAAAAUGGUUGAAAGUAGUCUAAAUUCUUUGACAACAAGAGUUUAUGAUACAUUUCAAUAUUAUACAAAUGGUAUAAGUAAAUGA